UUGCCAGAGCUGCCAUGCUGCCAUGUGCUGGGGGAGGGGGGGGCGGAUCUAGGCGCCUCUGGAAGCUUCUCUCCCGCCUUCAUCCCCUGCUCCUCCCUCUCUCUACCCCUUCCUUCCGCCAUCACACGCUCGGCGGCAGCGGCAGCUCCACACACUCACCUCACCUCCUGCAAGGCUGCCGGCUCCUCACAGCCACCAUGACCGCGGGCGAAGAGAAGGCCGAGCCGCAGGUGGCGGCGAAGGAGACGGAGAAGGAGGAGGAGGGCGACGACAUCAGCCCCAAGGGCGACGGCGGGGUGCUGAAGCUGGUGAAAAAGGAAGGCACUGGAGAUGAGACCCCAAUGACAGGAGACAAAGUGUCUGUCCACUACACUGGUGUACUCUUGGAUGGGACUAAGUUUGACUCGAGCAGAGACCGGGAUGAAUAUUUCACGUUUGAUCUUGGAAAGGGCCAAGUUAUUAAGGCAUGGGAUAUCGCAGUGGCCACCAUGAAGAUCGGUGAGAUCUGCCAGAUCAUCUGUAAACCGGAAUAUGCCUAUGGCUCAGCAGGCAGCCCACCAAAAAUCCAACCAGACGCCACUCUUGUAUUUGAGAUUGAGCUGUUUGAGAUCAAAGUAGAGGAUCUGUCUCAGGAUGAAGAUGGUGGAAUCACUCGCCGAAUCCGAAAGAAGGGAGAAAGUUAUUCCAAGCCUAAUGAAGGAGCCUCAGUUGAAGUCCAUCUGGAAGGCAAAUGUCAGGGUACGAUAUUUGACAACCGCGAUGUCUCAUUCAUCAUUGGAGACGGUGAAGAACAUCGCAUUCCUCCGGGCAUUGAGAAGGCGCUGCAGGAGAUGGAAAAAGGAGAAGAAGCUAUUAUAUCUUUAAAACCAAAGUACGGAUUUGGAGAAGCAGGGAACGCAAAAUUGAACAUUCCACCAGGUGCGAACUUGGUGUACGAAGUUGUGUUGAAGAACUUUGAAAAGGCAAAGGAGUCUUGGGAGAUGAACAUCGAAGAAAAACUGGAGCAGUCUGCCAUUGUCAAGGAGAAGGGCACCUCCUAUUUCAAGGAUGGAAAGUACAAGCAGGCCAUCAUCCACUACAAGAAAAUCGUGUCUUGGUUGGAACAUGAGAGCGGGCUGGUUGACGAAUCACUAAAGCAAUCUAAAGCCCUGCGGCUGGCAGCCCACCUAAACCUUGCUAUGUGCUACAUCAAAAUGGAUGAGAAUUUGCAAGCUGUAGAGAAUUGUGAAAAGGCGAUAGAGCUGGAUGCAAACAAUGAGAAGGCUCUUUUCAGAAUGGGCGAGGCAAGACUUGCCAUGAAUGAUUAUGAACUGGCAAAAGCCAACUUCCAGAAGCUUGUGCAGCUCUACCCCAACAAGGCAGCCAAGGUGCAAAUUGGCAUCUGUCAGAAGAAAAUAAAAGAACAAUUGGAUCACGAGAAAAAGAUCUAUGCGAAAAUGUUCCCAAAGUUUGGAAAUAGCGAUACCAAGGAAGAAGUUCUCAAAUCAAAAUCUGAAAAGGAUGCGACCAUAGAGGAAGAGAAUAAGGAGAACCGAGAUGAAGGAGGCAAGGGAGAGCCCAUGGAGACAGACACCAACCAAAAGUCCCAAGAGUUGGAUGCCACAGCAUGAGUAUAAUGUGCAGUUUCAGGCUGCAUUACUUGUUUGUGUUUUUUUUAAUUUUUUUUUAAUUUGAAAUAGUACAGUAUCCUGUGUGUAUAAUAUGUGCACCAGUAAAGAGUUGCAUUUACCUACUCGCCUGAAUCUCACAAGCUAUUUAAAAAAAGGGACAGCACAUUCUGGGGUUGAAUGAGCUUUGGUUGGGAGCAGUCUCCUUUACUCUGGCCUAGCUUUGGUGCCCUGCUUAUCCAUUAAUGGUGAAUGAGGCAUGCCCGCUAAGGGGUAUUUAAGAAAUGGAAACUGGAAUAAGCAAUUGGUAAGCAUGUGUUAACUGUUCUAACUUGAAAAUGGGUUUAUUUAUUAGCAAGACACUCUCCUGUACCUUCCCAACAACGGUGUCACUGCACCUUUUUCCCCACGAAUGGUCUACUGUAACACGUUUCUCUUGCUUGUAAGGUGAACCCGAGAAAUAGACAUUGUGUUCUCGCGACUUGGGUAAAAUUGUAAUUGGGUCCCGUUACUGAGGUGCUCUUAAUUAUUUUACAGUAAAGAAACUUAUGGUUUUUCUGUCUGCAAUUUACACACUUUCUAUCAUUGGGUCAUGCAGCAGCUAUAUUGUAACGUUUACUGUGUUCCACAAAAAUGGUUAAAUAUUGUUUGAUUGUUGUCCAUCAUCAAAGUUACAAUUGUGGAGGAGAUAGCCAUGUAUUACAUAUCAUGUGGGAGGCGAACUAUCCAUUCAGUUCAACAAGUUUAUGUGCAACUCAAGCCAUUUCCUUUCUAAUCUAAUCUUAUCAGUGUUUCCUCCUCCUCUCCAUUUCGGCCGAAUGGGCUUAUCCAGCUAAAUGCAAUUAUAUACUGCAUGGUGGCAAAUCUGCAUUCUAUUCAGUUAGUGAAGCUUUUCUUCAAUUCCUGAGUGAACUUGCUCAUUGUGAAUUGUCCCCUGGGGAAAUAAAUUAUCCCUGUGAACCAUCUUCUAUUCUGAUUACUUUUAGUCCCCCCCCCCCCAGAAAUAUUUUCUCCUUGUAAACCAUCUUGAAUCUGUCCUAAUUUUAAAGAGGUCCGUUGGGUGACCCACCAGUUUACUGAUAUCAAAAAAGUGUUCUAUCCCGAUGGUUAAAGCUCUUAAUUUCUAGUAUUAUUUACAAACCUAUUCCAGUACCACGAUAUGAAUCUCCGUGUAUAAUAUCCAGCAUGUCUUUUCUCUACUCAAUUUAUUGCACUAAUGAGCGAAGAGAAUUCGUAUGUAUUUCAGAAUGAUCCAAAAAAAAAAAGUUCCUUUAGUAGUUUUUCAUAUAAAGUCUGUCGGCUCUUAAAUUCAAACUUCCUUGACUUCAUUGCUGAACCCCUUCACAAUUGAUUAAAUGUUUUUCAACACUUGUUUGACAAAUUCGAACUGUGGCGUUCUUGACAAUACCUCCCGGAUGUUGCUCAGAAUAAAAUCUAAAUGAUUUCUGAUUGUUUCAAGAUAGAUCUUGAUUUGCAUGUGUGUGUGUGUUUAUUUUUGCUCCCUUCUCUUGGUCCUGUUGAAUCAACAUAUAUACCACUUUUUUUUGGCAUCUUAACAUACUGUACCUCCUUAAUAGUUGCUGGAUUUUCAUUGUUGUACAUAAUCUUAUUCUAUUAAGGAAAUACCAGUUUAAAUCUUGUUGCUAUGUGAAGAGAUACCAUGGAAAUCUAGUGCUUUCUCACCUUCAUUUGUGUGUCAACUUUGAAUCUUAGUUUGCUGAUGAAGCUGCAUCAAGGUGGUUACCAGUGCCUCCAAUCUAGCCCAAAGAGUGUGGUUUUACAACAGCUUGAAUCUAUUUGAGCACAAGCCACCCAUCCAAAAUCCAAGACUAUUAUUUACCUUGUAAAUUUAGCUCCUUAACAAAAUUUAGAUAUAAAAUGGGAUUUGCCAAGUAAAAGUGCAUGGGGAUAUAUUUUCUGCUUUACACUGUGGUCAAAAGUAAGAAUUUACCCUCGACAAGUGUAAGACAUUCAUGGUGAUUUUUGUUUUUGUAACUAUUACCUUCAAUUCUUCAACAUUUCAAUUCAAAAUAAAACAUGAAAAGCC